AUAGGAGGAGGUGAAUAACUUACCCUGCUGAGCUUUCUUUGGGGAAUACGUGCAUCAAGAUUUAGAUCUGCAUGUAAAAUCCGUACAGAGUGUCUGCCACUACAGGUCUGAUUCCUCUCUCCUCUCUCUGUCUCUGUCUCUGUCUCUCUCUCUCUCUCUCUCUCUCUCUCUCUCUCUCUCUCUCUCUCUCUCUCUCUCUCUCUUUCCUGCUGUGUCAGAAGGACCAAGACAGAACUAUCUCUGUUUCCACCUUCUCUGACACUAAAGGAGUUUUCAUUCAGACUUUCUGAAGAGCGGUGGAGAAACCUAACGACUCAGGAGAAGAGGUCCUUUGAGCCAGAUGGAGCAUUAGUUCUUCUGCUUUUCUCAGCAUGGAUAAACCAUUUUCUCAAGUCUUCUAGGUACAGGAGUCUGCUGCUUGUACAGUCUUUUCUGCAUGGUCACCACUAUCGAUUCUACACUUGAUCAAAGUCUCUCAGAGAAUGACUACAAAACUCUUUGUGGCACAAUGAAGAUGAUUUUCUGAUGUGCCCUGAAGUCCAUGUAAUUACAAGGGCUCUUCUUUAUCACCAUAAGUGCCACUCUGACCUCAAAUCACUCAGAGCUCAAAAAUCAAGGCAAAAUGGAUGCCACAGUGAUAGAUGAUUUCCAACAAAUCCUGCCUAUUGAACAGCUGCGCUCUACUCACGCUAGCAAUGAUUAUGUGGAAAGGCCUCCAGCCCCCUGUAAACAGGCUCUCUCCAGCCCUUCCCUUAUUGUGCAAACCCACAAAUCUGAUUGGUCCCUGGCUACCAUGCCUACUGUCCUCCCACGCAGUCUCAGCCAGUGCCAUCAGUUGCAGCCCUUGCCUCAGCAUCUGAGCCAAUCUAGCAUUGCCAGCUCAAUGUCCCAUAGCACCACUGCCUCUGAUCAAAGGCUCUUGUCCAGCAUUACACCCUCUCCUUCAGGCCAGUCCAUCAUCCGAACCCAGCCUGGAGCAGGGGUCCACCCAAAGGCUGAUGGUGCUCUCAAGGGAGAAGCUGAGCAUUCUGCAGGGCAUCCCAGUGAUCACCUCUUCAUCUGUGAGGAGUGCGGGCGCUGCAAGUGUGUCACCUGCACCGCGGUUCGCCCUCUCCCUUCCUGCUGGAUGUGCAACCAGCGUUGCCUUUGCUCCGCUGAGAGCCUCCUCGAUUAUGGCACUUGCCUCUGCUGUGUCAAGGGCCUCUUCUACCAUUGCUCCACUGAUGAUGAAGACAACUGCGCCGAUGAGCCCUGCUCCUGUGGGCCUAGCUCUUGCUUCAUCCGCUGGGCAGCCAUGAGCCUCAUCUCCCUCUUCCUACCCUGCCUGUGCUGCUACCUGCCUACUCGUGGAUGCCUCCAUCUGUGCCAGCAAGGCUACGAUAGCCUCAGGCGACCAGGAUGCCGCUGCAAGAGGCACACCAACACUGUGUGCAGAAAAAUCUCUUCUGGUAGUGCUCCCUUCCCCAAGGCCCAGGAAAAGUCUGUAUGACCUUCCCACAAGAUAUCGGAUGCAGAGUGUUCUUACCCUCUUCAGUAAAGUAUAGGCCUCAUAUAUGUGUGUGUGGGGGGGGGAUGAUAAUAAACUAGCCAAAGUUAGGGCCUCACCUCUUUUGUUCCUGCAGUGUCAGUAGAAUGGCAAAGUACAUCCUCGUGCAGGAUGCCUUGCUCUUUUUCAUAGUAUCUAUCCCACUCUUCUCCAGUCUUUUUACACCCUGCCAGCUCAGCUGUCAUGGCAAAUUCAGGUGAUAUAUGGGCAUGAGGUUUGGACACUGAGGACUGACAGAGCCAGCAACGUGGAGGUUUAGGGGCUCCCCAAGGUAAUGCCUCUCGGUGCAGGCUCUGAUUGUCACUCUGCUUUCCACAGUGCCUUUGAAGACUUUCUUCUAAGGUGGUCAUCAUAGGUCCGUGUGGAACAGCGUUCAACCUUCCAGGGAAUAUGUCUGUCUGUCUGUCUGUCUGUCUGUCUGUUUUCUCUCUCUCUCUCUCCCUUUCUUCC